CAAGCCUGGCUAGGGCUAGCCUAUUUUUAUCCUUUUCGGGACAGAUGACUUGGCCCGCAACGUUGUUUUGAACGCCGAUUGGCCAUACUUUAGCGACAAGUUGUCGAGCAAGCUAGAUCUAGGCUUAUUUUCUAGUAUGCUCAUGUUGACAAAAAUAUUCUGUUUACGAUAUUUUUUCAUAGACACUGGAUUAGCAAAGGCUUCCUUUAGACUUAAAACAGACAGAAGAAUAAUUGCAGGGUAGAUCUUGAUUUGUAGAUCUAGAUCUAGAUCUAGAUCUAGAAUCUAGUGAAAAUUAAAAUAAUAAAAAAAAAAAAGUCUAGCUAGCUAGAUCUAGACUCUAGAUUUAGAUCUAAAUCUCUAGACUCUAGAUCUAUCUGUAUCUAAUCUAGAUCUAGAUAUCUAGACAUUCUAGAAUUAGAUUAGAUCUAGUCAUCUAAAUCUAUCUAGAUCUAGAAUCUAGAUUUCCAGCUAGAUUUACAUUAAUUUAGAUCUAGAUUUCUAGACCAGUGGACCUAGGCCUGAAACGUAAUAAAAAAUGGAUGACAAAAGUGAGCCAUCAUCGCCGGGUUCGAAAUCAAAAAUGUCUGCUGAAUACAAUUUGGAUGAUCGACGGAUAACAGAUGACAAAAGUCCAAGAAAAAUGAGUAACAAAUCUCCACAAAAACCACCCCCUAAAGCUUCUGGUAAAACAGUUACAUGCAAUGUGUAUUUACUAGAUGGAGAAAACAAAGAAUUUUCUAUUGAUAAAAAUGAUGUUGGCCGGGCUCUGUUUGACACAGUUUGUACACAUCUUGAUCUAAUUGAAAGAGAUUAUUUUGGACUUACCUAUACAGAUGAUAGAGGCCCAACACAUCUUAAGUAUUGGUUAAAUUUAGACAAGAAAAUAUCAAAACAGAAGAAGCGUGGAGCUUGGGUGUUUGAAUUUGCCUUGAAGUUUUAUCCUCCAGAUCCUACUCACUUGAGAGAGAGUCUUACAAGGUGGCUAGUUGUCCUUCAGAUUCGAAGAGAUUUGUUAAGUGGAAGGUUGCCUUGUACUUUUACAACUUAUGCCUUGUUAGGAUCUUACAAUGUGCAGGCAGACAUUGGUGAAUUUGACCCAAAUGAUCAUGGUCAUUCUUGGGAUUAUAUAAAAGAUAUGAGCUUUGCCCCAAACCAAACUCCUGACUUGCUUGAAAAAAUUGCUGAACUUCAUAAACAGCACAAGGGCCAGACACCAGAUGAGGCAGAGAAAGGCUUUCUGGAUAAUGCAAAAAAACUGGCGAUGUAUGGAGUGGAUCUUCACAAAGCAAAAGAUUCAGAAAAUAAUGCUAUUAUGAUCGGAGUGUGCUGUAGUGGUAUUCUAAUUUAUCAAGACAAACUCCGAAUAAAUAGAUUUGUCUGGCCUAAAAUUCUUAAGCUGUCAUAUAAAAGGAACCAUUUUUAUAUUAAAAUCAGACCUGGAGAGAUGGAAAGAAAUGAGGCAACAAUCAUGUUCAAACUGGAUAACCACAGAUUGGCCAAACGUUUAUGGAAAACCUGUGUAGAGCAUCAUGCUUUCUUUAGGUUAAGAGAGGCAGAAAAGCCAGCCAACAAUGUAUCCUUUCCACGAUUUGGCUCCAAAUUUCGAUAUUCAGGGCGUACACUCUAUCAAACAAGACAAAAUGCUGCUCUGUUGGAUAGACCACCACCAUUUUUUGAGCGUUCUCAACCAGCAAGGAACACAAUGCAUGACACUGGCAAUCGUUCCCAAAGCAUGGAUGAGCCUUAUGCUCAAGCAACCAGAAAUCCUGAUGGACGUGCUAUUAGUAGUGAUGCAAUUCAGAAAAAGCCACAUGAUUCACCUGACAAGAGGGAUGCUUUGAACAAGGACUUUGAAGGAAUACCAUUAUUUGAUGGAAGUGGAAAACCUCUUUAUGAAAAACCUGUGUACAGUGACAGUGGAGAAACUAUUUUUGAUGAUCAAGGCAAACCAAUAAAUCCUAUUGAUGCUGAUCGUAACUAUGGAAAACCAAUACAAAAUGAAGAUGGGACACCUUUAUAUAAUAAAAAUGGAAAGCCAUUAUAUUACAAGGAUGGGCACAGAGCAUUUGGUAAACCAUUGUAUGAUGAUCUUGGCAAACCUAUUUGUGAUAGAGAUGGAAAGCCAUUAUAUGGCAAGCCAGUGUUUGGUGUUCCUAUGUAUGGCAAUGAUGGUCGACCUAUUUGUGAUGCUGAUGGUAAUCCACUGUUUGUUAGACCAGUUGAUGGCCAACCUGUAUGUGAUAAAGAAGGAAGACCUUUGUUUGACAAAAAAGGAAAACCAUUGUACCAUCAAGAAGCCAAUCCAUUUUUCAAUACAGAUGGUGAUCAAUUACAUGGUCAACCUGUCUUUGAUAAAGAUUGUCAACCUAUCUACAAUAAUGAUGGUAAACCAGUUUUUGACAAAGAAGGCAAGCAGUUUUAUGAUGAGGAUGGUAAACCUGUGUAUGACAAAACAGGUAAACCAUUGUACAAUAAACCAGCUUGUGACAUAGAUCAGAAGCCAUUACUUGGAAGAGAUGGCAAACCAUUGUAUGGAAAAGAUGUUAAACCUCUAUACUGGGAAGGAGUUUAUGACAAGAAUGGACAACCAUAUUUUGGAAAACUUUUUGACCAUGAUGGUAAACUUCAUCCAUUUGGAGUACCCAAAGUAAAAAAGGCAAAAGACACUCCAGACAGAGAUGCUAUACCAUUAUAUGAUAAUGGUGGGAAAAAUGUGUACUAUAAACCAGUAUACCAGUCUAUAGAUAAACCUCUUUAUGAUUCUAAGGGAAAACCCUUAUAUCCUUCUGAUGCUAAGGAAAAUGGAAAGCCAUUAUUAGGAGAUGAUGGUAAACAGUUGCUUGGUAAAGAUGGAAGGCCUUUAUUUUACAAAGAUGGCCUAAAUGCAUUUGGCAAGCCAUUAUUUGAUGCUGAUGGUAAACCAAUUUGUGAUAGAGAUGGAAAGCAGCUGUAUGGAAAACCAGUUUAUGGUGUACCAAUGUUUGAUAUAGAAGGCAGACCAAUUACAGAUACUGAUGGCAAUCCCUUGUAUGCCAGACCUGCUGAAGGAGAAGCAGUAUGUGACAAAGAUGGCAGGCCACUAUUGGGUAAUAAUGGCAAACCAUUAUUGCAUAAAGAUGCUAAACCAUUUUAUGACAGAGGAGGUCAUCAACUUCAUGGAAAGCCUUUAUAUGAUAAGGAUGGACUACCUUUGUACGAUGAUGAUGGGAGACCAGUAUAUGAUAAAGAUGGCAACUUAUUUUUUGAUGAAGAUGGCAGGCCUGUACAUGAUGUCAAUGGAAAGCCAUUAUAUUCAAGGCCAGCUUGUGAUCAUUUUGGAAAACCAAUUCAAGAUAAAAAUGGCAAACCAAUGUUUGGUAAAGAUGUCAGACCACUGUACUGGGAAGAAGUCUAUGACAAAGAUGGCAAGCCAUUCUUUGGAAAAUUAUAUGACAAGAAUGGUCAGCUUCAUCCUUAUGGACUCGAGAAUGCCAAAAAGGACACUGAUGGUUUUGAUAAAGAUGGUGUACCAUUGUAUGAUGCGAAUGGAAAACCACUAUUUGAUAAACCAGUAUAUCUUCAAGUAGGCAAACCACUCUUUGAUGAUAGAGGCAAACCUUUAUAUCCUAAAGAGGUACAAGGCAAUUCAAAAGCAUUGUUAGAUGAUUCAGGAAAACCUUUAGUUGACAAGAAAGGAAAACCAUUGUUUUAUAAAGAAGGUCAUCAGGUGUUAGGCAAGCAGCUAUUUGAUAAUCAGGGAAAACCAUUGUGUGACUUAGAGGGCAAACCACUUUAUGGUAGACCAGUAUAUGGAAUUCCACUAUUUGAAAAGGAUGGCAAACCAGCUCUUGAUUCUGAUGGUAAUCCACUUUAUUCUAGACCGGAAGAAAACCAGUCUGUUUGUGAUAAAGAUGGAAGGCAAUUAUUUGAUAAACAAGGCAAACCUUUGACUCACCAGGAUGCCACACCAUUUUAUGACAGAGAAGGAAAUCAUUUACAUGGCAAACCAUUGUAUGACAAAGAUGGACUACCACUUUAUAACAAAGAUGGAAAACCAGUUUAUGAUAAAGAUGGCAAACCAUUUUAUGACUCAGAUGGAAAACCAAUUCAUGACAAAAGUGGAAAACCAUUAUAUAGUAAACCAGCUUUUGAUCCAUUUGGGAAGCCACUGAAAAAUUCUGAUGGUAAACCAUUGUAUGGUAAAGAUGUCAGACCUAUUUACUGGGAAGAUAUCUAUGAUAAAGAUGGGAAACCAUUUUUUGACAUUGUAUAUAGCAAAGAUGGUAAACCACAUCCUCAAUUUAUUGAAAGAACUGGACCAAAGAAAGUUAAGGGCAAGGAUUAUAAAGAGGAUAUUCCUUUAUAUGAUACAAAUGGUAAACCAUUGUUUGAUAAACCAGUAUUCAUUCAAGAAGGUAAACCUAUAUUUGAUGAAAAGGGUAAACUAUUACACCCUAAAGAAAUACAAGGAACUGCUAAACCUCUUGAGGAUGAAAAAGGCAAACCACUGCUUGACAAGAAGGGAAAACCAUUGUUUUACAAAGAUGGCCAGCAAGUAUUUGGUAAACCGUUAUAUGAUGAAUAUGGUAAACCAAUGUGUGAAAUGAAUGGUAAACAGUUGUAUGGCAAGCCAAUUUAUGGAAUACCCUUAAAAGAAAAAGAUGGAAAAAUAAUUCAGGAUUCUGAUGGUAGCCCUAUAAUGGUUAGACCCCUUGAUGGUCAGCCCAUUUGCAGUAAAGAUGGUAAACAGUUACUAGAUAGUGGUGGCAACCCACUGUUUCAUGAAACUGCAACUCCAUUGUAUGAUGAAAAUGGAAACCACUUACAUGGUAAACCAUUGUAUGAUAAGGAUGGUCUUCCACUUUAUAAUAGGGAUGGCAAGCCAGUUUAUGACAGAGAAGGGAAACCAUUUUUCAAUACUGAUGGCAAACCAGUGUUGGACAAAAGUGGGAAACCUACAUACAGUAAGCCAGCCUUCGAUGACAAUGGCAAAUCCUUGCAAAAUAAUGAAGGUAAAGCACUACAUGGCAAAGAUUUUAGACCUGUCUACUGGGAAGAGAUCUUUAAUGAAGAUGGAAAACCUUUUUUUGGUAAAGUUUACAGUCAAGAUGGGAAACCCCAUGCAUAUGCUAUUGAAAGAGUUUUUAUUCCAGAUAAAGCAAAAAAGGCUCAUCUUGUAGAUUCAGUUUCACCCUUUACAAUUGGAUUUGGAGUUGGUAAGGGUGAUAUGACAGGUGUUGUUGGUGAAGAGAAAGAAAUAGAUAAUAAACAGCGUUAUAUGCCAAUACCAAAGGCUAUAAAAGCAACAAGAGAAAGCCUUAAAACUGGGUUUGGUGAUUUCUUCAAUCCAGCAGCCACAAGUACAGUUGGAAGGGGUAAAGUUCCACCUCCAGUACCACCAAAAGCAAACCAUGGUUUAGACGACAGCUUUAAUCCACCAACAGUUGCCACGGAAAAAGUCAAAUACAACCCAAACUUCUCUGAUGUGCUAAUGUCCAGCAGGAAUAUUCCGCUGGUGAAAACAGAGACACGUACAGUCACUUAUGAGCGUAACAACUUUCUGCCUGACCUGGAUGAUGGCAUACUGGUCAGUGCACAGUCUCACAGCACAAAAUUACAGACUAUUGAAACAACGACUUACAAGACUGAAAGAGAUGGAAUUGAAGAGCUUAGAGUUGUGCAGAAGGUGGUUAUGUCAGGUGAUGAAGAUGAAGACUUUGACUUUGAUGCUGCACUGGUUGAUGCUAUAAGAUCUGUGACAGAAUUUAACCCUGAUAUGUCAGUAGAAAGAAUAGAAUGUGUUCAGCAGAUAGAAGAUGUUAAAAAUGGAAAAUGAGAGUAGCUUGCACUCUACACCUUGUUUUGUAAGAGAAGCAUGGAUAUGUAUAACUUCCAAAUAUAUACAGCACACCAGUCAGUACAGUACAAGAUUCAUUUAAGUUUUGUUAGAUUUAGUUGCUUCAAUUCAUAUUAAAAUGUGACAGUAGAUCAAUUAUUUUGUAGAUUUUAUUCAUAGCUUUAUUUAGGUUAUAACAAGUUUUGUUUGGUUUUAAAAAUUGUUGGGCUAGAAAGGAUUUUGCCAAAAGUAUAUUUUAGUUUGUUGUAAGCAUGAUACAUUUAUUUCUUUUAAUUGCUAUUAUGUGCCUAUUUAACAGAUAAUUUCAAAUUUUUGCCUGACUUUGUUGCAGAACUAUUAUUUGUGUAAAGUACAUUUAAGGAUAUUUCAAUUAAUUGUAAAUGCCUAAACAUAACUAGAACUUUAAAGUACGAAACAGGUUUUCAUUGGCUUUAAUAUAGUUUUUUUUUAUAUUUAAAUGUAAAAAAUUUCCAGAUGUAAAAAUGCUGCUUUGUCUGUUAAAUUAAAAAUCCUCUCAUCUGUUAGGACAUAAAUUAACAUUUUUCAAAUAAAAGUUUUUUAUGUAGAUUUCAUCUAUUAAAAAUGUUAACAGGCUCAUCAACAUCCCGACUUUGUUGAAGUUUAUUUAAGUUUGGAGUCUCACGAUGGGUAAAAUUUCACAGACACAUUAAUUCCUUGUAGUUUGGUAAAUCCUGCUCUUCAUUAUAGUCUAAUCCAGAACUUCACAGUUUAAAAGUAGAAUACCAUGUAUUACUUGCAACUUUUACUGUUUAAUCCUAAUUAAUUGGAUGCUUUUUCCUGAUGCUUGUUUAUUUUAGUAGCAAAAAUAUUUGAUUACCUUUGAAAAAUUGUAAACAACUCAAUCUGUAGCAAAAACAAUAGUUAAACUAAAUAUCAAUUGUAAAUCAUUACUGUAAAAUAUUGAUUUUAACCUUAAUGUUAAGCUUUUAAUUGUGAUUGUUAAAUGUAUACCAAUGUUGAAUUUUUAAAUGUUACUUUUCAUCAUUCCAUGUCUUGUUUUUGAUGACACUUUUAAAAAAAAAUCCUUCAUAAUCAUGGCAAGCUUUUUUUUUAAAAAAAAAAUACAGUGGUGCUUUUUUCAUGGGAAUUUGUGUCUUUAGAUUGUAUGUAUUUCUGGUAACUGUUGCUAAGGUUAGAAAAUUUGCUGCUUUUUAUUUUAAUAAUUAUCAAUUUCAAAACAGAAAAAUUAAUAAUUUUAGUCCAAACUUUUAAAAUAGAAUGCGCUUUGUGUAUUGAUUGUAUAAGCCUGAACAAGUUGCAUUGGUUUUUUUUUGUUUUGGAGGAAAAUAUGGAAGAAAAGUGGUAAUGAAAUUUUUUUUUGUACAAUGCAAUCUUCUAUGAGAUGGCAAUAAAUAUGUGCGAUUCUGUGAAUGUUAAAAUUUUGUGUGGUCUCCUUCACUAUAUUGAAUAUGCUUUCCGUCAGUCAAAAGAUACCUUUCUUUAUCAUGUACAUUUUUUAAAAUCAAGGUUCAAUAAGAAAAAAAUAAAUUAUUGCACAAGCGAUCAUUAUUGAUUUAAUUAAAUAAAUUAGCUGAGUGAUUGAAAGACCAUUAUAAUAUCAUAAACAAUUAGAAGAAACUUUGAUUGAUGUAAACACUGUCAAAACUCAUUGAAAUUUAAAAUAUCUUAACAUUCCAGAUCUUUUUUUCUCUUUUGUAACUUUGGUAAAUUUAGUGCUGCAAAUUCUUUCAUUCUGGCAGGAAUCAUUGUGUAAAAAUGUGUACCUCCGCUGUUCUGUUGCUUUAUCAACAUGUAUGAUUUUAUUUUCAAAUAUCUAUUUCUAAUAAAAAUUUAAAAUUUUAA